AGACCAAAAGUGUAUAGGAAAAGAACAGACUGCUUCGAAAAAUAUGAUGAGCUUGACUUUUACCAACGUUUUCGCUUAAAAAAACAAACUGUUUUGUAUCUACUAGAUGAAAUAAAAGAACAAAUUCAGUUACCUACUAAUAAAGGUGGGUGCAUUACACCAUUACAACAAUUAUUGUUGACUUUAAGAUUCUACGCAUCAGGAAAUAUGCAAAUAAUCGUAUCAGAUUUUAUGGGAGUGUCUAGAAGUUCAGCUAGCAGGAUUAUCAAAAAGGUGUCUAUUGCUAUUGCCUCACUAGCCCGACAACACAUUCGCAUGUAUGAAAAUAAAAGGGAAUUGGAAGAAGCAGUUGAAAAAUUUUAUGAAAUAGCUUCAUUUCCCAAGACCAUUGGAGCAAUUGAUUGCACAUUAGUUAAAAUUGAUUCUCCCGGUGGAAAUGAUGCAGAAAUAUUCAGAUGUAGAAAAUCUUAUUUUGCAUUAAAUGUUCAGACAGUAAGCGAUGCUAAAUUGAAAAUAAGAGAUAUUGUUGUGAGAUGGCCAGGAUCGGUGCAUGACCAAACAAUUUUUAAUAAUAGCAGUUUAAAGCAAAAAUUUGAAAAUGGUGUAUUUGGUCAGUAUAUGCUAAUUGGUGACAGUGGAUAUUCUCUAAAGCCAUAUCUUAUGACUAAGUUACAACAAACUAGAACACCUGCUGAAAAUUUAUACAAUGAGUCUAUAAUAAGGACUCGAAAUGUAGUAGAGCGUCAAUACGGUUUAUGGAAAAGACGAUUUCCCGUUUUGAGGUUUGGCAUGAGACUAAAACUAGAAACCACAAUGGCAGUAAUAGUCGCAACUGCAGUUCUUCAUAACAUUGCCAUUGAUAUGAAUGAUAACUUUACUGAAGAAGAUGAAAUAGAGGAAGACGAUGAGGAUGUAUUACCCCCCAUGGAAAAUAAUCCAAAUAUAGCAGAAAAUAUAAGGAAUUUGAUAAUUAAUGAACAUUUUGCUAGAUUGUAAAUACUAAUAAUAAUUAAAAAUCAGUUUUAUGAAACA